ACUUUUUCACUCAGAAUAUUUUCAAGCCACAACUUGCAUACAAGGAAAACUUAAAGUUUGAAACAUGUCUAAUGCGUUCUUGGAGGACCAACUCCGCUGCAUCAUUUGCCUGGACUUUUUUAAGAGCCCGGUGUCGAUCCCGUGUGGACAUAACUUCUGCCUGGGAUGCAUCAAACGCUUCUGGGACACGCGGCACAAAGCCGAGUGCCCCCUGUGCAAAGAGACGUUUAAGAGCCGACCUAAUCUGCGUGUCAACGUGGCGCUCAGGGACAUCGUGGACCAGUUCAAGAAGUUGAACAAAAACCCCAGUAAACCCAUGCCACCUCGUCGCCCUCGUCUCCCGAAGGUGCCCUCCAAAUCGGACGACGUUUACUGCGAUAAGUGCGUGCGGGAGGGUGCGAGCGAGCGAACGCAGGCACUGAAGUCGUGUUUGUUGUGCCGAGAGUCUUACUGUGAGCAGCACCUGGGCCCCCACCUGAGGGACCCGGUUCUGACCCGACACCUGCUGACCGACCCGGGCACCUUCAGCUCCAGCCACACCUGCCGUCGACACAACUUCCUCUUCCACAUGUUUUGCCAGACGGACCAGACACUCGUUUGCCCCAAAUGCACCGAGCGCGAGCACAAGAACCAUGAAAUCAUCCCCAUCGACCUGGAGAGCCGCCGCAUCAGGAAUGAAAUGAAGAAAGCUGAGGUGGACUUUCUUCACUUGGCCCAGGCUCGAACAAACAAGAUUCAGGAGAUUAACCAAAGCUUGAACAUGAGCAGACACCAAAAAGAAGAGGAGUUGCAAAGGUCUUUGCAGGUUUACUCGACCUUGAAGACAGCCAUAGAGAACCACCAGGGGGCACUGAUCAUGGAGGCCGAGGCCAAACAGGAGGACAUUGCAAAGAGAGCCCAGGACAUGCAGAAGGAACUGAACCAGGAAAUUAACGAUAUCAAGAGACGACGAGGAGAAAUGCACCAACUGGAGCUCAUCGACGACCCCCUGCAUCUCAUACAGACUUUUCCAUCUCUCAUGGUCCCAACUUUCACUAAUGACUUUUCCCAAAUGAAGCUUCAGACGAGCACCCCUGUCAGUGCUGUGAGAGUCGUCUUCUCCAAGAUGGUGGAAUUCUGCCAGGAGCUCCAGAAACAGCUGACUGCAGAGGAGGUCAACAUGAUCACUCAGUAUGCAGUGGACGUGACUCUGGACCCCUUCACAGCGGCUGGGUGGCUUGUCCUGUCUCCAGAUGGGAAAAAGGUGAGCGUGAACGAACAGCAGAGGCGCAGUUCUCUUUAUGACGACCCGAAGAGGUUUGACUCCUGUGUUUCUGUUCUGGGCAAACAAAGCUUCACCACAGGCCGACACUUCUGGGUGGUACAGGUGGGCGAUAAAACCGACUGGGACCUGGGAAUCGCUAGAGAAUCGAUAAACCGCAAGGGAGCGAUCACGGUGCGUCCCGAUUACGGCUUCUGGGCCAUCUGUCGCCGUAAGAGCGGGAAUCUGAGCGCGUGCACCAGCCCCUCUGUGGCCAUCCCCCUACGGGACACCCCCCAGAGCAUCGGCAUCUUCCUGGACUACGAAGAGGACGAGGUUUCGUUCUACGACAUUGAGAACAAAGUGCACAUCUACACCUUCACCGAGUGCGGCUUCAACGAGGCGCUAUACCCGUACUUCAACCCCUGUCUCCGGGACGGGGGGAAGAACGCCGGCCCCCUGGUCAUCGUCCCUGUGGAGAUGGUGAUCACAGGUGGAAAUUUGAUACUAUGAAAAGCCAGUGCUGGGAAGAAGUAAUGUAUUUAAGUUACAGAAUACCAAAUCCAUGAGUAAAGUGUGUUUUGUACCAUACUUCGUUACGUGGUCCAAGCAGAGUAAUGUGUCUGUUCUUACAAGACGACUUUCUCAUUUAUUUGCAUUAUUUUAUAGUGUAACAUAGAAUUGGGACAGCUGUACGUUUAUUCUGCAUUUAUUUAUCACUGAUUAUAUUAAGAAAAACGCACAAGGAGUGUUUUAUUUCUUCAGAUUAUCUUUUUUACGCGCGUUCGAAGGAGCGGACGUAUUAUAUAAGGACUCAUCACACUAGCAUCAGUAUAAAAACACAACUCCUGGCGUGUUUUUGACGAGGAAACGAUGUUAUUUAUGCUCGUAUAUUCUUUAAAAUCCUAUCAAUAUUGGCACCACAAUUGGAUUUAUGAACUUUAUUCUCCCGUUUUGUCAUUACGAUCGCGAUUAAACAAAACGAAACGCUAAAAAAAGUACCAGUAUUGAGCGACGAAUCAACAGGGACGUCCUAAUUCACUUUCAUCACUUAUAAAGUCAUCCCUGUGAAUAUUUAGGAUGUUUGGAUUGUGUUAGGAAAUCAGGUACGGAGCGUUUGACAGGAGUAAAAGGGUUCAAACUAAAAAAUUACUACAAUUCCAAUGCAAAAUUGUCUACCUGUAUGUUCAAUGAAUCCUCAAUAAAAUAGAAUGGCUGGGGGUCAUUGCGCCCCCUGCUGGCGCGGGUAGUUGUGUAAUAUAGGUGAAAUAUCCUUUUUGUGUUGCUUCGAGCUAUGCAUGUGUUCAAAAAUAACUUGUUUAGUCUUUCCUGGUUUGAGGAAUUGAGUUUUUGUGUGUAAAGACAUUUUUAUAUCGACUUUGGUGAUUAUGAAGUGUAACUUUUUAUUUUAAACCUAAUUCUGACCUCAAAAAUUCGAAAUGAAGACUAGAGAUAGACCGAUAUAUCGAGCCGAUAUUUGGGCUUUUUAGCUUAUUGCUAUUGGGCUUAAAUCUCCCAUCACAGGUCGAUAUUUUUGUUUUGGUCGAUCUGCUGCCUAAAAAUACACACAAAACUUUAAAUCAGCGCUUUAAAUACAAAAGGAUAACUGCACAAAACAUGACUCCGCAGCUCUUUUAUAGGUCUGAGAUUUAAAAAAUGAGCUGCGGGUGAGUUUAAAUGACAUAAUUUAGGGGAAAUAAUCAAAAUCGGUCCCACAUAUCAGCUCAAAAAUAUCUGUAAAUCUGAUCGAUUAGCGGUUGCUCUGGAUUUUAAACAAUCAGUUCUCUGUGUAAAUACAUUUAUAUUGUUUCAUAAAUACUUGGUGAUCGUGAAGUGUAGCAUUUUUUUUGUUGUGACAUAUUUAAAAUCUUAUUCUGACCUCACGAAAUCUAAAUGAAGACAAGAGAUAGACUGAUAUAUCGAGCCGAUAUUUGGACUUUUUAGCUUUUAGUUUCAGCUAUCGGCCUUAAAUCUCCAUCACAGGCCGAUUUUUAGGGGUUUUUUUUGGGACAGCUACCUAAAAAAUCCACAUAAAGCCUUGUCUGUGUAAUCCCUUAGUCGUCAGAAGUUGUUGAUGUCCAGUUACAGAUUUGACUUUUGGCUUUUACUGGACACAAAGAGCUGCACAAAACACGACUCCACCGCCCUCUUAUAGGUCCGUGGUACAAAAAGGGCUGUGGGUGAGUUUGUAGUACAUUUAAAUGACAUAAUUCGGGUAAAAAUAAUCAAAAUCGGUCCUGCAUAUCGGCUCAAAUAUAUCUGCAUAGCUGAUCGGUCUUUGGUUGCUAUGGAUUUCGAUAUGGGCAUCUGCCAUGAAAAAACCCGUAUCGGUUGAUCUCGAUGAAGACGAUAAACCACAAACCCACAACCGCCAAUGAAGCUCGUCUGUUUUGAACUUCUGUUAGUUUCAAACGUUUCAUAGCAUGUUUAUAUCACUGUUUCAAAUGUUUAAAUAUUCAACUGUACAAGGUUUUUGUUAUCAAUAAAGUAUCACAUAUGGGCAAACGCUGCAUCUUUGUCUCUGAAUGUUAAAGUUUGUUAUUGUUCCAUUAUAGUAACUGUGAUUAAACCAUUUCUGAUGCC